AUGGCUCAUGCCCGGGAAGAGUAUCUCUUCCAGCUGUCCAUUUACGUGCUUGAAAGCAGUAACUCCCGGCGACUAACCUAUUUCAUGCCUCCCUUGAAUCUCAUUCCUCUUCUCUGUAUCCGUCCUCUGCGGCUCUUUCUGUCUGCAGAGCGCAUACGUCGAGUGCGUAUCAUCCUCCUCCGAGCCACCCAUCUCCCCUUUGUUGCGUUGAUCUCGGCCUAUGAAUCUAGCCGCCGCUAUGUUGCUCGGCGAAAUAGUCAUUUCCCCCCGACCGCGACGGCACGAGGAGGUAGCCGACCUACAUCCUCGAUCCAGAGUGGUUUCGCUCUCUCCACGCACCGCGCCCCGCUCUAUGCCUCCGCAACGGAGCGUUCUCUGGGCUCUGCGAGGCCCAGAGGCCGCACUAGUCCGGGUCAGCAUCCCGAAGCGCGCGGGCUAGGCCCGGGGCAGGCCGGGCGUGUUGACAUCGCGGAUAUGAUCGACGAGGUGGAACGGUUGCGGACCCAGGUGGAGCGAGUGGCAGCUACGGUGGCCGUCCACCACCGGCGCCAAUAA